AUGGCACCUCAUGCCGAAGAACCAAAGCCAGAUACUGGUGUUGAUCUGAUCUCGCACGACGGCACAGUGUAUGGCGACUGGCGUGACGACUUCCACAAGAAUGGAACAGCAAUCAUCAAAGGUGCUGUUUCUCCCGAACGCGCAGAGUACUAUAAGCAGAAGCAGAUCGAGUGGCUUCAGUCCUUUGGUCGCGGCUUCGAUCCCAAUGAUGAGUCGACUUGGACACAAGAACACCUCCCUGUGAGCUUCAAGGGCGGCAUGUACUUUGCCUACUCUAGUACGCACGAGAAGUUUGUUUGGGAAGCACGCACUGAACCUAAAGUCAUCGAGACAUUCAGCAAACUCUGGGGCACCGACGAACUCCUCUGCUCAUUCGACGGCAUGAACAUCACCCUACCGCGCCAAAAGGAUCUCAAGUGGAGCCCCUGGCCGCAUUGCGAUCAGUCACCGCAUCGCAAGGGUAUGCAGUGCGUGCAGGGCCUGCUGAACUACCAGCCCAAUGGCCCUGACGAUGGAGGUCUGAUCUUGAUGAAGGGUAGCAGCAAGCUGUACGACGAGUUUUUCCGGGAGAAGAGGGAGCAGGAUAACCACGAGGAUAAGCCCCCGGAGACGGAAGACUUCAAAGAUUUGUUCAUCUUCAAGGACGAGGAUGUCAAGUGGUUCCAAAGCCGCGGGUGCACGCUCGAGAAGGUGAACCUUGAGCCUGGUGAUUUGGUACUCUGGGACUCUCGCACUAUGCACUACGCCUGCUUUCCUCAAGGCAACCGCAUCCGCCACGUUCAGUACGUCUGCAUGACUCCUGCCAAGUUCGCAAAGAAGGAGGAUCUUGAGCUCAAGGCUGAGCUCUUCAAGACAUGGCAGGGUACGACGCACUGGCCACACUGCAAUAUUCGCAAGCAGGGUCCGCCUGAGAGGGAUGGCAAGCCGGAUCCGCAGAACAGAACGGAGCCAUUGGAGAAGCCGGUUAUUACGGAUAGGAUCCUACAAUUGUCUGCUGUGAAGGCUUACUAG